AUUGCUUGCUUCUACAUUUCACUCUCAAGAACAAAAGGCUGAAGAGAAAGAAAAGAAGGAAUUCCUCUCUCGAUUCCCACAACAGAAGGACUGGAUUUCCUUCCUGUCUCUCAAGUUACAACACAAGUUGCAAAACCUCUAAUCUCUCAAGAUGGUGCUGUCCAUCAAACUAAAACUUCGAAAAUCUGGGGAGGAGGAGAAUCAUAUUCGCCAACAAAAGAUGGAACGCUUGCUUAAAAUGGAGUUCAAAAAUCACAGGGAGGUUCUGAAGGAGAUGGUAGCUAUGGAGUUUGAUUCCCUUGGCAUAAACUCUGAUUCUGUUUUCAAUAAUCAAGAGGAAAUGAAGGAAUGGAUUACAAGGAAAAGACAUCAAUUGCUUAAAAUUGAUGAGGAGCAAAACAAAAAGAGGAAGAAAGGAGAUAGUAUUCCUCCAAACCAAAUGGAGGAGGAUGACAGUACCAGACUACAGCCUACAUCAGCAACAAUGCCUAGUGAGCUUCUGAAUGCAAUAAUCACUGAACAUAGAGGUGAGGAUGUGGUGUUGGUGAUGGAGAAGACACUAACAGCUACUGAUGCGAGUUCAGGUCAUGGUCGUCUAUCCAUACCAGAAAGCCGAGUAAAGGUUGAAAAGUUCUUAAGUGAUGCAGAGAGAAGGCAAGCAUCAUACAGUGAGAUACCUGUAGAUGCUCUGGUUUUGGUAAUGGGAGCCCAAAAGCCUGAAUUGUGGAGCUUCAACUUUAAGAAAUGGAUGAUGAACAAAACUGGCAUUUAUGUAUUGAUCAGAAACUGGGCCAAGUUGUUGGUGGACAAAAAUUUACAAGAGGGUGAUACAGUCCAGAUCUGGUCCUUCAGAAGUUUACAAAAUGGAGGAGGGAAGAAGCUCUGUUUUGCAAUUAAUGUUCUUCAGGGAUGAUGCUUGUUCCCACAAGAACAAUGACAUUGAGAUCUUUAUGAUGUCUAACUCUAAUCAGCUACAGUGAAUUUUUUUAUUCUUUGAUUUUCUCCUCAAUUUGAGGGCUUUUCAUAUUCAAAAUCUGAUGGCAAUAUUUCUCUCUCUGAGGCAAGAUU